UGUUUGAGUUCAACCAAUGAGAAAUAGCUAACAAAAGUUUAUAAAAUUCAACAGUAGACAAUUUUGACCACAGUGAGGCAGAGUGGCCAUCAUCAUUUUCCUAUAUUUUACUGUGAGCAGCUCUGAAACAGACACGUCUAACUUCACUAUUUCCAACUCACUCCAAGCCCUACACACACUCACUCCCCCUCUCUCACAUUCAUACACACUCUGUGUCUUUCUCUCUCCCCCUGUGACUAUCUCUAGUUUUGAACUUUCCCUUUAAAUAUCCUCCCUAACGGGAAAUAACGGUAGUAAGCUGCUUGCUACCGUCCGGUCAGGCUAUCCGAUUUCUCUACCAUCAGUGAAUUUACGUGCAGUCGGACAGGUGCUCGUGCUUUGCGAUGAGAACGAUGUUGAUAUCACUCCUCUGGGUCCUCGGCGGGGUGGAGGAGACCGUGGCAGUACCUGCCGUAGGUCUACCUGCCACGAGAGAGUUCUACAUCGCCGCGGUUGAGAUUGGUUGGGACUAUCUCUACUGGGGCAGCGCUGACCCGUCGGAACAAAGGAGGAGGACCAAUGAUCCCCCUCAGAAAUACAUAAAAGCUGUUUAUAGAGAAUACACUGAUUCCACAUAUUCAGUCCCCAAGCCUACAUCACCAUGGGCAGGUAUCCAGGGUCCGGUGAUCCAUGCCCAGGCCAGUGACAGGGUGGUGGUGCACUUUAAGAACCUGGCGUCCCAGCCCUACAGUAUCAGCCCUGUGGGGGUCAGCUACUGGAAACAGUCUGAGGGGGCCGGAUACGAUGACGCCACGUCUAGCCAGGAGAAGGAGGAUGAUGCGGUUGCUCCAGGAGGAUACUACAAGUACGUCUGGGACAUCAACCCUAAAGACGGUCCGACCGUGGGAGACCCAGAAUGCCUCACCUACUCCUACUCCUCCCAGGUGGACACUGUACAGGACUUCAACUCUGGGCUCAUCGGGGCUCUGCUCAUCUGCAAAUCAACUGCAUUUACAGAUAAUGGAGUUCGGAAAAACAGAGAGUUUAUUCUGCUCUUUGCUGUUUUUGAUGAGAGUAAGAGCUGGUACGGAGAGGUGGGGAGUUUCCGGGAAAGAUUUAAGAAGGCCAGUGCAAGAAAACAGUACCACACUAUCAAUGGAUACGUCAACUCAACUUUACCAGUUCUGACGAUGUGCCAGGGGCGAGAUCAUGUGUUCUGGCAUCUCAUUGGAAUGGAAACGUCUCCAGGGAUCCACUCCAUACAGCUCCAGGAUCACACUCUGCAGGUGAUGGCCCACCGUAAGGUUACUGUGGAGAUGACCCCUAUGACCUUUACCACAGCGGAGAUGAAGCCCAGCACUCAGGGGAAGUUCCUCAUCAGCUGUCAGAUCCAAGCACACCGCCACGCGGGUAUGAGUGCAGUCUUUGAGGUGGAGGACUGCCCAGAGCCUGUGACGGUGCCCGGUCCUGACGUGCGUCAGGUCAAGCAGUCUGAGAAUGAGGAGGACUAUGAAUAUGGAAAUGACAUGUUUGAGACAUUUGUGUUUAAGCCUGUGAAAAGUCGUGCUGUGGGGCGCUCUCGAGGGGGGAAGAACAAAGUCUGGGUCCAUUACAUUGCUGCAGAGGAGAUCAGUUGGGAUUACGCACCCCACCUCAGCCAGGGAGACAGUCAACUGUUAUCGGAAUACUUCCCCAGGGGGCCUCAUCAGCUGGGUCAUGAAUAUAAGAAGGUGGUGUAUGUAGAAUACACUGACCAGACCUUCACCAAGAGGAAAUCACCUGUUAAAAGACUGCUGGGACCACUGCUCAGAGGACAGGUGGACGAACACUUCCAGAUAGUGUUCAAGAACCUGGCAAGUCGUCCUUUCAACAUGUAUCCAAAGGGCCUCACCAGGAUUUCUCCACUGAGGAAAACAGGGAACGAGGGUGAAAAGGACCUACGCUCCCUGGCUGUACCCCCCAACGGGACAUAUGGGUAUGUGUGGAAACUAACAGCAGAGGACGGGCCCCUGGAGAGAGACCCCCAGUGUCUGACCCGUCUGUACCAGAGUACCAUCAACCCUGAGAGAGACCUGGCCACUGGCCUUGUAGGACCCCUCCUCAUCUGCAAGAAGGACUCCAUGGACACCAGGGGGCGGCUGGUGGGCCCAGAUAAAGUGAAGCAGUUGAUGUUUGCUGUGUUUGAUGAGAACAAGAGUUGGUACAUCAAUGACAACAUUCAGAAGUACAGCAGAGACCCCUCCAUGGUCAACCCUACAGACCCUGACUUCUACAACUCCAAUGUCAUCUACAACGUGAACGGGAUUAUGUUCAAUGAGCAGAGGGUCCAGGUGUGUAAGGAUGACGUGACCUUCUGGCACCUGGCCAACGUGGGGACGCAGAGCGACUUCUUGUCCGUCUACUUCACAGGAAACCCCUUCAUGAAGGACAACGUGUACGAGUCCGUCCUCACACUCUUCCCAAUGUCCGGGGAGACCGUUACCAUGGAGACUCAGCUAAUCGGUGAGUGGGAAAUCAGUGCGUUCGACGGCAGUCUGAAAAGCCGUGGCAUGAGCGCCCGCUACUCCGUCCUGUCUUGUAACAUUGAACUGCUGGUGGACAACGAAGACGUAGAGUACGGCCUGGAGGACGUCCUGCCUGAUUACGUAGACAACUUCUUCAAACCCAGAUCCCUCCACCCCCAGCCACAGAACAGGACCGUAGCUGUCAGAGUCUGCAGGAAGCAACCUGGCUUAAACCAGAACACAACAACACCGCAAACAGGAAAUUACACAGAUAACGAAGUCGCCAUCGGAGAAUCAGGGGACCACGGGUCUGAUAACAAUGUCACAUUUAAGGCAGGGGACCAGAGGUCAAUCUGUGAGGUCAGGUAUGUGACGGUGUCAUCUGCUGAUGAGGAGGCCAACCUGCUUUCCCAGGGAGGGAUCCCCACAGAUGUUCUAGAGCAACUGGAGAAGGACGGGGAGUGGAAAGCUUCAGAGAACCAGGAGGGAGGGGACCUGGGUGGGGAGCAGGGGGGGAACGGGAGACAGAGACGCCAGGCCGAGUUGGAGGGUGGAGAGAAUGGAGAGCGCAACAAGCUGGUGGAGAACUGUGAGGAAGAGGUGCUGAAGGAGUGGAAGGGUCGGGUGUAUGGGGAGGCACUAGAGCAGGAGCAGAGAGAGGAGCAGAAGGUGGAGGUGUUGGAUCAGCAGAAGGAGCAGGAGGCGCAGGGUGAGGGGUUCUUAAAGGUGCAGGAGCAGAGGGAGAGGCAAAAGGGGGAGCUGGAUCGAGAUUCACAACCCCUAACCACCAAUCACGCAGAUAAGGACCCUCUACUCUUGGAGUUAGACGGAUGGAUGGAUCUAGACCCCUUGAACAAAACUUUGGAAGCUCUCCCGGACCAGCUGAAGGUGCAGCAGCAGAGGGAGGAGCAGAAGGUGGAGGCGUUGGAUCAGCUGAAGGUGCAGCAGCAGAGGGAGGAGCAGAAGGUGGAGGUGUUGGAUCAGCUGAAGGUGCAGCAGCAGAGGGAGGAGCAGAAGGUGGAGGUGUUGGAUCAGCUGAAGGUGCAGCAGCAGAGGGAGGAGCAGAAGGUGGAGGUGUUGGAUCAGCUGAAGGUGCAGCAGCAGAGGGAGGAGCAGAAAGCUGGGGAUGUGCAUCCCCUAAGCAACAACACUCACACAGAGCUGGACACCCCUCUACUGGAUUUGUUGGAUCUAGACUUCUCCAAUGUCUCCAAUGACAACAAGACGGCUCCCAGGAACGCAGUGUCUCUGGAGUAUGAUGACUAUAGUGAAGAAGACACUGGGACAGCCUACAUAGGGAUAGAGGAAAACCUGGACCUGAGGACCACAGAUGGACAAUACCGCAGCUACUACAUCGCUGCACAGGAGAUCACAUGGGACUAUGGGAUCAGGAAACCACAUCAGCUCAUAAAAACAAGAGAGAGGCGUAGGGGAAUGAGGAAGUUCCUGGUGGAAUAUAAGAAGGUGGUGUUCAGGGCCUACAGUGAGAGAGAAUUCCAGAUCCCCGUCACCAGAGGAGAGCUGCAGGAACAUCUGGGACUCAUGGGUCCUAUCAUUAAAGCUGAGGUCAACGACCUCCUUACCGUGACCUUCAAGAACAUGGCGUCCAGGCCGUACUCCCUGCACCUCCAUGGGGUGUAUGAUAAGAGCCAGGGUGAUGGUCAGUCCUCCGGGGCCGGGGUGGCGGGGGUCCCUGGGGAGGUGGUCCAGCCUGGGGAGGUCAGGGUCUACAGCUGGAGGAUCACCAGGAAGCAGGGGCCCACCGCUGCAGAGUUUGACUGUAAGACCGGGGCCUACUACUCUACACAGAAUAAGGAGAAGGACCUCCACUCUGGUCUGAUUGGCCCCUUAGUAAUCUGUAAACCAGGCACCCUCCACCCCCAACUGAACCUACAGCCCAACCUACAGGAGUACGCCCUCCUCUUCCACACCUUCGACGAGACCAAGAGCUGGUACCUGGACGAGAACAUCCGUCAGUACUGCAUCCCACCCUGCCAGGUCCAGAAAGAUGACCCCUGGUUUCAGCUCAGCAACAAGUUCGCAGCGAUAAACGGCUACGUGGCAGAGACACUUCCUGGUCUGAUGGUUGCCCAGCACCAGCAAGUCAGGUGGCACCUGCUGAACGUCGGGGGCGACGGGGAGUAUCACACCGCCCACUUCCACGGUCUGCCCUUCAGCAUUCACAAAGAGCAGGAGCAUCGCAUGGGGGUGUACAACCUCUAUCCCGGUGUGUUUGGCACAGUGGAGAUGAGGCCGGCCACGGUGGGGACCUGGAUGGUGGAGUGUACAGUAGGAGAGCACCAGCUGGCCGGCAUGAGGGCUAAACUACUGGUCUACAACCCACGAUGCAUCCAGCCUCUGGGGUUGAGGUCAGGAAGAAUAGACAAUUCCCAGAUCACUGCAUCAGACCACAUAGGUAACUGGGAGGCCAGGCUGGCGAGGCUGGAGCUAUCUGGUUCUGUUAAUGCCUGGAUGGGCGCGGAUCAGAAAUCAUGGAUCCAGGUGGACCUCCAAAGACCCACACUGAUCCAUGGGAUCCAGACCCAGGGUGCAAGAGCCUCUCUGGGCCUGAAGGACUACUUCAUCAUGUACUUCACCCUCUCCUACAGCCUAGACCAGGAGACCUGGACUAACUACAGGGGGAACAGCACCAAGCCAGCCUACAUAUUUAACGGUAACCUGGAUGGCUCCAAGGUGAAGGAGAACCAUCUGUCUCCCCCCAUCCUGGGUCGCUACAUCAGACUGCAGCCUGUCACCAUCCAGAGGAACCCUGCUCUUCGCAUGGAGCUGCUGGGCUGUGACGUCAACAGCUGCUCCUUCCCCCUGGGUCUCCAGAGGAGGUCAGUUCCAGACAGCAGCUUCAGAGCCUCCUCCUUCCUGCAGACUUGGAGGCUCUCCUGGAGCCCCGCCCUCGCACGCCUCCGCCAGGAUGGCAGCGCCAAUGCAUGGCGCCCCAAGGCCAAUAACCCCCAUGAGUGGCUGCAGGUGGACUUCCUGGUUAUGAAACGCAUCACAGGGGUCGUCACUCAGGGGGCGUGGUCUAUUCUGACUCAGAUGAUGGUGACAGAGUUCUCUGUAACCAUUAGCGACACUGGCCACUCCUGGUCCAACGUGGUUGACGAGGGAACGCAAAGAGAGAAGAUGUUCUUGGGUAACAGUGAGCCAGAUGAGGAGAUGCUGAACCUCUUUGAUCCUCCUCUGUUUGCCCGCUUCAUACGGAUCCACCCCAAAGGCUGGGUUAACGACAUAGCCCUGCGCCUGGAGUUCCUGGGCUGUGACACCCAGCAGCGACCCUGAGAGACAGGGCAGGGGGCUCCACUGUGCAGCUCCACACUCAGGCCCACCUCAUCUUUGUCUCUUCUAUUUAAUGAGCAUAGCAGUGACGUGAUGAUCAUGAAAUAGUCAUGUCAUUGAUGGAUGAACAGAGUGAAGUUUAAAAGGUUUGUUUAGCUAGAAUCAGAGUCAUAUAUGAUAUGCUGUUGUAGUAAGUGUCUAUUGAUGAGCUUCAACUGAGAAUAGUUCUUAGGUCUGGUCACUCCACUAUCAACAGUAUAACACAUUACGUUAGUUUAUGAAGACGGACUCUCACAGACGGUUUGUCUCAUGUACAAUAUAUACUACUACAAACACUAUGACUUCAGACAUUCCAGAUGUGAUCAAAUACAUGUAAAUAGUACAGUAUAACAAUUAUUUCUGUCUGGAUGGGACUGCGACAGUAAUCUGUACAGUACUGUAUGUAUAUGCAAUGUAUCAUAUGCACUGAGGGGAGAGGGAUAGAGUUUAUAUUGUUAAAUAAAAUUGGAAUUAUAUCAA